AGAGAGGCAGGAGAUGAGCGGUGCGUAAGUGGGUCAAGUGCAAACGAUAAACACCUGUGUCUUGUUUCAGUAAUUGGUGUGGAGAGACCGGAUAAAAGAGGCCACCUGGAACAGGAUGGGGAGAGACAGUCUGGUGGUACCGAAACCCGGGAAGGAAGAAGAACGCCGUCACCGUCAUGCAGUCCACCCCAGGAUCGCCAUUUGCGGAGGUUAUCCAAUCGCUCGCGGGUCUUCACCAGGAGCAACAUCAGGCGCUGCUGGGCCUGAGGGACGAUCAGGAGCGGCGGUUCCAUGCCCUCCUCCAAGCCCAGCAGGAAGACCGCGAGCUGUUCCGGAGCUGGAUUGACCGGGAGGUUCGAGCUGGGGGACCGACAUCUGCCCCAGCCCCACCCCCCCAUGUGCCUCUCCACAAGAUGGGGCCCCAGGACGACCCAGAGGUGUUCCUGGACCUAUUCGAGAGGUCGGCAGAGGCCGGGGGGUGGCCGGAGGAGGACUGGCCAGUGCGGCUCAUUCCCCUGCUGUCCGGGGAAGCGCAGGUGGCCGCACAACAGCUGCCAGUCCAGAACCUCCUGGUAUACCAAGACCUCAAGCGCGCCAUCCUCCAGCGGGUCGGCCGGAGCCCCGAGCAACAUCGCCAGCGCUUCAGGUCGCUGGACCUCGGAGAGGGGGGUCGACCCUUCGUAAUGGUGCAACAGCUCCGGGACGCCUGCCGCAGAUGGCUGAUGGCCAACACGAGCGACGUCGAGGAAGUCAUCGAUCGUGUGGUACUGGAGCAGUUCGUGGCCCGGCUGCCAAGGAAGACUGCCCAGUGGGUCCAGUGCCACCGCCCGACGUCGCUGAACCAGGCCAUCCAACUGGCGGAGGACCAGAUGGUGGCGUGCCCCGGGGUCGGCGAACCCCUGCCAUCUGUCUCUCUCUCUCUCCCCCUGUGUCCCCUCCCUCUAAACCUGUCCCUUUCCCCAGGUCCCGAGGAAGCCUUCCCCCCCGGACAGUAUGUGGAGCUGGGCUCCUCUUUGCCACUAUCUUCUGGCACGGACUCGCUCGUGACUGAAUGUGAGCCAUCGGAGCCUCUACUUUGCUGCACAUAA